CUGGAAUUGUCGAGUAAUGAAAUUUUUACUACAUGCGGAUUUUUGCCCCUUCUGAGUGCAGAAAGAAAAUUGAAUUUGGAAAAUUUCAUGACAUGUUCGCCGUCUUGUCUGUUUGUUGGUUGGUUAACUCAUGCUGUUCAUAAAGUGAAGGCAACUAAGAAUCUCCCACCCAUUAACUCUCUAUUGCCAUAAUUCCCCCCAAAUUCUGUGAGCAAGACCUCCACAGAGAUGCAGACCCCGCCCUUAGGCAUCACUGUGUCAUCAACGACCGCCACCGCCGCCGCUGCGACCUUGUCCACCCACGCUUCCAAAACUACACUCUGCAAUUUCAAGAAAUCAUCCACCUACCCUUCCAGGGUCCCUCAUCAAUCACCCUCUCUCUCUUCUCUCUGCAAAUCAGGAGUUUGCAAAGCCAGUCAAGUGGUUGAAUUAUUUCCAACCGUGUCUCCGGAGAUUGUUGUCCGUGAGGCUAGGUUUGAGGACUGUUGGGAAGUGGCUGAAACUCAUUGCAGCUCCUUCUUCCCUGACUAUUCUUUCCCUUUAGAUUUUGUGCUGAGAGUUGACCGUCUGGUGGGCAUGCUAUCGGGUUUCUCUGUACCUAAUGGUUGCAAGAGAACUUGUUUGGUUGCCGUCGUUGGUAGCUCAUUCGAUGAUUCCUUCCUCUUUGGAAGUGAAGACUUUAAAGUUGGAGGUUUUGACAGGAAAUUCUUUCUCAAUAAGGGGUAUGUAGUUGGGAUUUUAACAGUGGAUACCGUCGCUGACUUUCUUCCAAGAAAAGGACCACGUCGGCAGAGAAGGACUGGCAUAGCCUACAUAUCAAACGUGGCUGUUCGGGAAAAAUUUAGACGAAAAGGGAUAGCUAAGAAGCUCAUAACCAAAGCAGAGGCUCAAGCCAGGAAAUGGGGCUGUCGUGCCAUUGCACUGCACUGUGAUCUGAACAAUCCAGGGGCAACAAAGUUGUACAAAAGCCAGGGAUUCAAAUGCAUCAAGGUGCCAGCAGACGCAAACUGGCCGCAACCCAAGACCUCUCCAGAUAUCCAAUUCGGCUUCAUGAUGAAACUCUUAAACACCCCAAUCAGUGCUUGGACUGUUUAGGAAUACAUGAUGAAUUUUAAAGGGAGGGGAAAAAAAAAAAACCAUAUAUAAAGGCAAAAGUAUGAUAUAUGGCAUUGGCUCAUGGGAUUGGCUUAUUGUAUAUAUGCAAACCGUAGGAGUUGGUUCUGGUCUCAUGGUAUUGUGUUCAUUGUCCUUUGAUGUUUAUCCUGUUCCAAAACAUGUUUGUUUGUGCUAGUAAUGGUAUUAAGCCCUCUAGCAUUUCAUUAUUCAACUGUUCAUAGAAAAAUCAUUCCAACA